GGUGUGAUCUACUGGUGUACAAGUACAAGGCAUGGGUUCAACUAGUUUCUUAAAGCCCAGGUCAUCUAUAUACAAAACUAAGAGCGGUUCUAGCGCCGGCUCCGACAAAGAAAUGAAUGUCAAACUUAAGCGUUCAAAAAUCAGGCGACCAGCCAAGAUGAACGAUUACGGGAUGAAAAGGAUACCGGAUUAUACUGAGAUGGCUUACAAGGAGGCUGUGUCUAAAUUGAAGUAUUUCCUUUCGGGAAAUAAUCCGCCAAGCGUUCGUAGUUACGGAGGUUCCAUUAAAAACUUGGACGAAUCUGACGGAGAUUUGGACAAGAAAUACCAGAGUUCGUACAACAAUCUAUCUGAAUACAAACUAAGGCCGCGACUCACUAGCAAAUAUGCCACACUGUAUGCAGACAGCCUUAGCAAUUAUAACCCGCCUCAGGCGACUGUUAAUGCAAGUAACCUGGUCUCCCAAGACGUCGGCAGCGCCAACCCUGACGUGGUGAACUUUAUCCAGAAACAAGAGGAAUAUAUUGAACAACUGGAAAAAGAAAGCCAGUACUGUAGGGACGAACUGAACAAUCUCCUCGGCAAAGUCAAAGAAGUUAUAUCAGAGAAUGAACAUUUACACGAGGCGCAGAAAAAUAAGAUUAUAUCGAGAAUGUUUCAUUCGUACAACGAGUCGGAGACCGAUGAUUUAGACGAUGUAGGAGACAGCACUGGACUAGACAGUGAUUCAAAGAUAUCCCCAUCAAAGUCUCGAAAAACCAGGUCUCGUUCCACAAAACUUGAGGGUCCGAAUAUUGUCUUCGAGUCGCGGAUCUCUGAACUUGAAGCUCAACUGACGCAAUCCAAAAUUGACCUCAAAAAGCUUCAGGACGAAAACAACGAAUAUAAACGUAAACUGGCCAACGGUCUCGUGGACUCGACAUGUCUAGAUGGAUUUAAAAGACAAAUUGAUAAUUUACAAAGAGAUAAAACAGCGCUGGAGUCUCAGAUAUCCAAACUGAAACUAAGUUUGGAGCAAAAAGACGGGGACUUUGAAUCCAAAUACAAGAAAGGCUCUGACAUUAUAGAACAACAACUCAGAGAGGAGAGAAACAACUUAGAAACAGAGAUUCGCAGAUUGAAGGACGAGUUAUCUUCCGAGCGAGCCAAAAAUCGCUCUUUAGCUGGUGAAGGCGCCAGGCGUGCUGUAGCCGAAAGGAGUGCCGCGGAACAAAGAUACCACCAGCACUGUGACGAACUACAGAGAGAUCUAGCCGUUCAGUACGACUAUGUAGCUAAACUCCAGCUGGAUCUCGAGCGCCAGCGUCGUGAGGAGAACGACUUGAAACGUGAGAUAUCUAUGAAGAGCACAGCUAUAGAUGAACUCAAAAUGGAAUUGAAGAAUAAAAUCGCAUCCCUUCAAGCAGAUUUGGCCCAAGCUCACGCGGAGAAAGCUUCUUUGGAAGAAGAACUCGCGAGCGCAAGACUCGCUAUAGAGAGACAUCAGCGACAAGCCAAACAUGAGACCAACAGGCUCAACUCAGAGAUUCAGUCUGUUCGUCAACGUUUGGACAGAGCUGACGCUGAUCUGGUCCACUCAAGACGUGAAAACUUACGUCUUUCCGAACAAAUUUCCACCCUGGAAAGGGAGCUGAACCUGAAAAACCUAACUCCCAUAUCGCCGGAGAAGAAGGGAAAGGAAAAGGAAUUAUCGAGCAUGUUGGAAACCAUGGAGAAUAAACAUGCUAAGACAGUGGCUGAGUUGGAGUCUAUGAUUCAAUCACAAAACAGUCUGAUGGAGAAACUCACCGGUGAAUGUCGUUUGCUCACUGACAAGCUCGACGAUUCGAACCGUAGGCACAAGGAAGAACUGGCAACUCUGCAGCGUCAAGUAGAAACCCUCGGACGAAAUCUGCAGACACCGCACCAACCUAGCAAUUAUCAAGCACCUUCCACGCACGCGCCCAUCACAACUAGAAUAUCAAAUGGUUCAGCCGAUGCCGGAUUUGAACAUUCCGGAAGUGACCCCUCCAGAAACACCCCGCUCAGACAUCACGACAACAACACAAGAAACUCUGAUACUCAACAAAACAGAGAUAUAGCUAUGAAAAAUCAGAAAUUGGAUAGUCCUAAAACACAAAAUAAACUCGAGCAAAAACCCGAGAUAACACCAGUACCAGAAAAUAAUUUAACAAAACAGUCUUCAAGAGAAUUCACAGAUAACAAUCAGUUACAAACCCAAAAAAAUAUUGAAUUAGAAGAGGUUCCAACAGGAAACGUAGAAAAUACUCUUAAAGAAGAAGCCCGCGAAGAAACAAAACAAAACGAAAGUCAGGAAGAAAAAGAAGUUGAAAAAGAAAACACGCAAACGGAAAAUUCAGAGGAAGAACGACCAGAAGAAUUUGAAAAUCAAAAUUAUACAGAACAAGGGUUUGAGAACUAUGAACAAAAUUACGAUCAACAACAAUACAGUGAACAACCAGCGUAUUCUGAACAAGAAUUCACUGAGAAUACAGAAUACCCAGCCCAAGAAUACAAUGGGCAACAGCAAUAUACCGAGCAAUAUGAAAACUAUGAGCAAUAUACUGAUCCCAACACACAGUAUGAAGCGCAACAGGAAUAUAACUACGCCACUGAUGAUAAUUAUGGCAACCAAAAUUAUGAUAACCACCAAGUUUCAGCAGAUUAUGCUCCUGAAUAUCCCGAUUCUGCAACCGAACAAACAGAAUCCCAAGAGAGCAAAACACUUGACGAAAAAUUGACUAACCAAAGUUAGCAUAGUUAAAAUGUGUUUUAUGUGCAAUAUUUGUUAUAAUUUAGCUUGUUUAUCUGAGAGUUUUGACGCCAUUUUGCUUUUGAUGUUAGAAACAAUUUGUUUGUAUUCGUAAAAGAUAAAAUACCGAAAAUUUAGUAAUAGGUUCAAUAGACUAUUAGAGUAACAUUGCUCAAUAAAUUGAAUUCUAGUGCGAAAAAA